AGUUCCGGGGCGGGCGGCGGCUGCGGGUCCCGGCGCGGAGGGCGCGAGCGCGCGGCGCGGGCCGAGGGCCGAGGGCGGCGGCGCGGGGACCCCGGGGCCCGGCGGCCCAUGGGGCGCGAGGAGUGAGGCCGCGGCCUGCCCUGCGGUGGGGGGUGGGGGGAGCGGGGCGGGGCGAUGGAUAAACUGACCAUCAUCUCAGGAUGUCUCUUUCUGGCCGCCGAUAUCUUCGCCAUCGCCAGCAUCGCCAACCCGGACUGGAUCAACACCGGGGAGUCGGCGGGAGCACUCACUGUGGGCCUGGUGCGGCAGUGUCAGACAAUCCAUGGACGAGACCGGACCUGCAUCCCUCCUCGGCUUCCCCCAGAAUGGGUCACCACCCUGUUUUUUAUCAUCAUGGGAAUCAUUUCCUUGACUGUCACAUGUGGUUUGCUGGUGGCUUCCCACUGGCGAAGAGAAGCUACAAAAUAUGCUCGAUGGAUAGCAUUCACUGGAAUGAUCCUUUUCUGUAUGGCUGCCCUAAUAUUUCCAAUAGGAUUUUACAUCAAUGAAGUCGGAGGUCAACCUUAUAAGUUACCCAACAACACAGUAGUUGGGUCAUCAUAUGUACUUUUUGUCUUAUCGAUUUUCUUCACAAUAGUAGGACUUCUGUUUGCUGGCAAAGUCUGUUUACCAGGCUGACGAAUGUCUAAACGGCUUAACUCUUUUUAUUUUUUUAUUUUAUUUUUUAUUUUUAGAGGUUGGGAGGACAAAGAGAAGGCAUCUGGGCAGUCCUCUCAUAGGAAGAUGCUUAGAUGAACCUGAUGCUGAAAAGGAAAAAUUGCUUUGAUUUGUUCUCACUAUGCACUUUGGAUUUAAAAAAAAGAAUGAGAGCCUUUUCCAUAACCAAAUACAAUAUUGACUAAAUCUCCUGAGCAUAUUCAGGCAGUCAGUCUGCACUGUGAUAGCAACCUAGUGAAGGAGAGUGCUUUAUGCUGAAAGCAUGUGGCCCCUUGUGACUCUGUUGAUCUGUUUUUAAUGUCUAAUGAUUCAUUUGAGAGGGGGGAAAGUCUAGUAUUUAUGAAUCAUGAUGGACCAGAAGGGUGCAGGAGGUUCGUGUGGGGCUGGCCUCACCUCCUAAGAUAUUAGUAUUCUCAAUUUCCUUGUCAUGUUAUGAGCCUUUGGCACCACAAUGGAUUGCCGUUGCAUUACUGCACCAAGAAGCCAAUAGAUCAAAACUUGUUUGCUAAAAUGUAUGUAAAAAUUCUAAAACUCCCUAAUCUCUGUGUACAAAAGAAAAAAGAAAACACUAAGAAACAAGUUUGGGGUGGGUGGGGGAAAUCUUCCUUAUAUUUAUAUAAAUAUAUAUAUAAUAUAUAUAUUUUGCUGAUGCAGUAUACAGUGUGUAUAUGUGUGUGUGUGUAUGUGUGUGUACAUUUGUAUAUGCACACAUGCAAACAGUUCCUGGACGAGAACUCUGAAUGCUUGCUAGCAAAACACUGUGGUGUGCAACCUAGAACUCAAUAGAAAAAAGCCAUUUAUCUGAAGGCUGCAUAGUGGAGAGAGUCUUCAGUUUACCUCAUUCUUUGUAGCAGCCUUUGAUUUUGACAGGUUUCUGUAAUAGGUACAAAUAACUCCAUACCUUUCUAGGUGCAAUUUUAAGUUAAGCUAAAGAUUCUUUCUAAGUUUAAUUUAUUUGUAUAUGACAGUAAAGGUAAGGUCAUGCCAAACCUUAUAGUUUGGGGAAUCUGACACUGUUGGAAUGAAUAACAAUUGUCAUCUAUUGUACAUUCAUUUUUUCCACUGGUUCAGUCUGCUACGUUAACAAUGCAGUGUAUACGUUCAGGCAUACAACUUCACAUAAACAUUAAGGUCACUAGCAAAUAUCUGGCUGUUUUGGCUAUUUACAACACUAGUUCUGCUCUUCCAUAAAAAUCGCAUUUUAUCUGUAUUAGUAGAUCUUCACCAAACUCUUAAGCAAUACAAUAUUCCCUCUAAUGCUUUACACACGUGUGUGCUGAAAAGCUACCAUUCUUUCAUUUGCUUUGAAGACUGCAUUAAACCUUAAGGGGUUUUUUGUUUGUUUGGUUGGUUGGGGUUUGUUUUGUUUUGUUUUGUUUUUUGUAGAAACAGCAAUGCAGCUGAUUCUGAACUCACAAGUACUUUUAAAACCCAGUCCUUUCCUCCCCACAUUCCCAUGCCUGUGUCAACACCUCGAUUCUUCCUGGGGAACACUUGUUUGAAUCUUGUCACAAGGGUGUUUCAUGGCAGUGGAGCUGAGUUUGUCCUCUCUAGAGUGAAUGGCAAUUCAAGUAUCCCUAUUAGUGGGCAGAGUACAAGUCUUACAUAGCCUGUACUUCAAACAAAUGGGAAUGACUCCUAAGCAACUCGAUUCUCCCUCACAGGAUGGUAUUCGGAGAUGGGUUACCUGCUCAGAUCUGACCUAGAGUGGAAGACUUGGGUCAGUCCUCACCAAUGUGUCUGUUAUUCAGCUGUCUCAGUAUUAAAUUGUGAAUGAAAACCCAGUGUUUGGGCUCAUACAGGAACCUUGGAGAAGUGGACCCCUCUGUGUGAGAAGCCUGCAGUCAGUCGGAGGAAGGACGCUUUCCACCACCUGUUCCGUCCAGGCAGUUCUAAAACCACCACUAGACAUGUUCUGUGGACAUUCGGGAUUGGGCUUUGAUCAGUCAUCAGUCAAAUGGGUCACUCUGAAGGAAAGGUUUGGUGGUUGGCAUUAUACCACUGAUACAAAGUAUUAGCAAAGUAUAGUUCAAAUUAAGUGACAUGACCAAGAGCUUUUCUCUUAAAAAAGAUGGAUUUUAUUGUAAAUAGUUUCUCAAAAUAUUUUUAACUGGAUCAUGAGCAUGGGGAGAGAAAGUUUCUCAGCUGCUAUGAAUUUCCCCACUGUUUACUUCUCUCAUUUACAGUGGUAUUGCAUAAGAUUACAAAAUGUUAGGUUUUAUUUGUAUCUAUUACCCAAACCAUUAAAUUGUCUUUAAUUUCAUCAUUGUCUUGGAAGGCCAGUGCAUGAAGAGCUGAUGGGGGAAGCCCCUCUAGCCACUCAGCGCUCUAGCCCAGGAUUAAGACCAUCCCAUCGAGUAGUGUGUCAAGUCCAGUCUUUGUAAACUCUCUCAGACCAAACGUUGUUGAAGUGGACUAAUCCGUGUAAUCGGUCCUGUAAGUGGACGGACAAACAGCUGCCAGCAGCUGCUUUUAAAAGGUCACUAUGAGUACUACAUAGCACAGUAUUAAUUUAUAGCAGGAAUCAUAUCUUGUAAAAUGUAUAUAAAACACUUUUAUGGUGCAAUCAUUUGUCAAAUUUUGUCUGUUACGUUGUUCUUAGAGUGUACAUUCUUCUCAUGCCUAAGAAUAUCACUGUAAAAUCUGCUGAAAACUAUUUUUAGGUUUUAUUUGCACAAGACUGAACUAGUUUGAGUGUUUAGGAAGCUCCUAUCGAACAAGCCUAAACAUCUGUAUAGAUAAAAAUCUUCAAUUCAUUAAAAGCAACCAUUAGUACAAUUCUUUCCAAAGGUAAUCCAUGUUCUGUGUUGUUAGUGUGGGUGUGAUGUUUCUGACUUCUCCAUCUCUCACAAGCCUGGUUUCUGUUCCAUCUGUUUUGUUUUAGAAAGAUGCCUUUUUUUUUUUUUCUUUUGUAAUGUUCUAGAUGACCAAAACACAUUCUUGGGUUUUGCCUACAGCUUUGAUUUCUCCGUGUGGUGUUGUGCGAGUUCACUGUUUAAUCUCUUCAGUGAAAUAAAUAGUCCUGGUGACAGGCAAUCUAUUGGUUUAGAGGAAAGGUCCUUAAGAAGUGUUGGAAACUAACUUUGGAUCUGUUCUUAGCUGUUGUUUUGCAUCAUGGACUUCAUGAGAAGAACAUGUUGCAUUUAUUUUGUCUUUAUUAAAAGACUACUAGUCACCGGUUACUCUGGUUAUAGUAACUGUUAUAUCAACCCACUUUGAUCUUCUUUUUAAAAUUAAAUUUACAUUCACAAGUCAAAACAAUAAGCUGUCUUUUAGAAAAUUUUUGAAGGAUAAAAAUAAAUGAAGGAAAAAGGUGGUCUGUGUAGGUAGAAUUGUCUACACAGAAUUUUAGUUGUAUUGCCUUGAGAGAUUUUAGUUUGUGGUCAAGGUCUGUAUAUUAUCCAAAACUUUAUUAAGAAUUGUUUUCUAAUUGGUUAUAACAUUUUUUCAAUUAAUAGUUUCAAAACAAAUUGUUAAUACAACUGUAUAAAGUGAACAUAAUUUUCUUCACUUGUAUUUUUGUUAUUGAGCAAGUUUAUCAAAAUAAAUUGUCUACUAAAGAAACUAAAAAGGCUUCUAUUACUUUUAAUACAUUUUGAUUUUAAAUGUUUAUUUCUAGAGAUGUAGCUGUCUUGUUAAAGAAGUAACUUGGUAGAGUGUGUUCAGUCCCCAGCACUGAGUAAACCAGGUAUAAUGGGACUUGCCUGUAACUCGAUCAUUCAGGAGGUAGAAGCCAAGGCUUAAGGUAAUCUUCAGCUACAUCGCAUCGUUGCAAGGCUAGCCUGUCUGGAAACAGCACAGUACUGUAGCAUUUUCCCUUACAGAGACCUGGCCUCCUGGUUGUGUUAGUGUUGUAUGUGAGGGAGCUCCCCUCCUCCCUGGACAGUCUUUGCUCACUUUAGUCAGGAAUGAGACUGUGCCCCAUAGUCUCAGAUGUUUGGGUCUUGGUCCCCAGUUGGUGGCUGUUUGGGGAGGUUUAAGAAGAGGUGUCUCCUUGAGGAAAAAACAUGUCUCUGGGGCUGGGCUUUGAGAUGUCAGAGCUGCAUGCCAUUCCCAGUCCUCUGCUCCAGGCUUGCAGUCCACAAUGGGAGACCUCAGCUUCUGCUCUGAUUGACGCCUCUGGAACCGUAAGCCAAAUAAACCUCUUCUUCUGUAA